AUGGCUAGCAGUGAGAAAGAAAAAUCUAGUAAAGAGAAGGAACCUAAACAGCCUUCUUCUUCUUCUGCUCCUCCCUGUUCACAGGAACCUUCUUCGGCUGUGAGUUCUGGCAUGGCUACUCCAGAUUGGUCUAGUUUUCAGGCAUAUUCUCCUAUGCCUCCUCAUGGUUUUGUGGCAUCAAGUCCUCAACCUCCCCCUUACAUGUGGGGGUUUCAGCAUAUGAUGCCUCCUUAUGGAACUUCUCCUCAUCCACAUGUUAUAAUGUAUCCACCAGGUGGCAUAUAUGCGCAUCCUUCAAUGCCUCCGGUACUGCCAUACUCUAGAUAUUUGAUUUCUAUGGACAUAUAUGCUUAUAUGCAGGGCAAUACCACUGGUGGCACUGAACUUGAUUCUGAAAAAUCUGAUGUGAAAGAAAAAUUGCCUAUCAGAAGAUCAAGAGGAAGCUUAAGAAGUUCGAACAGGAUAACAGGAAAGAAAAAUGAGCCUGGAAUAAACUCAGAAGCAUCAGCUAAUGGAGCUUACUCUAAAAGUGGGGAGAGUGCUUCUGAUGGUUUGAGUGAAGGAAGUUAUGCAAACUCUGAAAAUGAUUCAGGAUCUGGAGAAGACAGUAAGAAUGCAUCAGAGAAUAGUGGCUCUGGUAAUGGUCCCGGAAAUGGAAGUGUUGGUACACCUCUUCCACCGGUGAGCCAGACCGUACCAAUCAUGCCAAAGACAGCUGCAGGCCUUCCCGGCCCACCAACAAAUUUAAAUAUUGGAAUGGGUUAUUGGGGUGCUCCUCCUAUCCCUGGAAUGCAUGGGAAAGUAUAUACACCAGUUCCUAGAGUCAUUUCUCCAGUCUCACGAGAUGGUCCUGGUAUACAGGACGAGAGAGAACUUAAGAGACAGAGACGGAAGCAGUCCAACAGGGAGGCUGCUCAAAGAUCCAGGUUGCGGAAACUGGCUGAAUGUGAUGAACUGGCACAAUACACUGAGGUGUUGAGUGCAGAAAACGCAAGUCUCAGAGCAGAAAGGAAUAGGCUGAAAAGCCAGUUCGAAGAGCUCACUUCUGAGAAUACCUCUCUCAAGGACCAGUUUUUAUCAUUCCCUCCACUUGAAGGCAUAAAAAUAAAAAAGGAAGACCAAGAACUAGACAUCAACCAAACAGGCUUCACAGAGACAAAGUUUGUUUCUUACAAAGACUCAACUUGAGAAAAAAAAACAUACAAGCAAAACCAUUUCUUAACACAUGUAUAAAAAGUAGCAGACAAGAACAACAGUACGCGGUUUGUUGCUAACAGAUGGUUGUAGGAUUUUAGGCGUCAGAGAUCAA